AUGCCCGGCCGCGCGGCCCCUUUGGAGGCCAUUCCUGAGGUCUUCGGCCACAUCCACUCCACAGAGUCCUUCAGCACUGUGGACGGACCCGGCGUGCGCUUCCUCGUGUUCACCCAGGGCUGCGCUAUGCGCUGCAGUUUCUGCAGCAACCCUGACACAUGGUCCGCUCAUGGAGGCGAGCUUGUCUCCAGCAAGGACCUAGCAAACCAGAUCCGCCGCGUGCUGCCCUACCUCAAGUCCUCCCACGGCGGCCUCACCUGCAGCGGCGGCGAGCCGCUGCUGCAGCCACAGUUCACGGCCGCGCUGUUCAGGGAGGCGCGGGCGAUGGGCCUCACCACCACGCUGGACACCACGGGGCAGGGCACCAAGCACAAGAACUGGGACGUGGUGCUGCCGCACACGGACGGCGCGCUCUUCUGCAUCAAGUCGCUCGACCCGGAGAAGUACCAGGGCAUGACAGGCCUCAAGCAGAUUGGCGCCUUGCGCUUUGCGCACGAGCUGACUGAGCGCGGCAUCCCCUUUUGGGCGCGCUACGUGCUGAUCCCCGGCCACACGGACUCCGACAGGGAUAUUGGCAUGCUCGCGGAGUGGGCGGCGCGGAUGCCCACGCUCUCGGGGGUCGAGCUGCUGCCAUACCACGUGUAUGGCAAGAACAAGUGGGAGGCGAUGGGGCUGCAGUACCCGCUGGAGGGCGUGCAGACGCCCGGCGCGGCCGCAGUGAGGGCAGUCGUCUCGCGGCUGGAGCGUGCGGGGCUGACGGUGCUGUGCGACGCGGCCGCGCCGGCUGGCCUGUCGGCGGCGCACACCGGCGCGCACUGCUGA